AUGAAUGCAACUGAGCCAUCGGCGUCGUUUCCGACAGGUGCCCACACCAGCAAAGCCAGAGAUAUAGACUCAUCUUCGUCCCGCUCACCCACUCACGUCGAGUCGGAUCUAUCCUCGUCGAUAAGCAGUAGUCGAUCCCGCUCAAGCGUUACGUCCCGAAAACAUUCCGGCGCUCAUCAGUCCCCGCAAUCGCAAAAGCGUCUCACUGAGAGCACCCCCAUUAACGGCGCUAGCUCAUCGCGUGGCUAUCAGGCCACUGAGCCGCCAAACCCGACUCGCGGGAAUUAUGAUCCGAAUAGGAAUGAUCAAAUCAUUGCCCCUGAAUCUAGCAAUGCUGCCGGUUCCUCCAACCAAAAGCCCCAGACUAAUCAGCCCGAGCCAGAGGACGAGGAACUCCACCGAUCCUGGUUAGGCCGGCUUGUGGACCGGUUCGGUGCCCUAGAACUGGAGAACAAGGGUAGUGUGGCACGAGAUCACUUGGCCUUGGAACGAACAUUCCUAGCAUGGAUGCGCACCUCUCUGGCAUUUGCCUCCAUCGGCAUCGCCGUUACCCAACUAUUCCGAUUAAACAGCGCCACUGCGUCUUCAAAUGCCAACUAUCAUGGCUCGUACAACAAUCAUCCCGGAAUUCAACCCCCUUCCGGUCCUGCGUCCAUUCUCGACACCUUCGCAAUGACCCCUUCGUCCCAGGAUACAUCCAGACUACGCAGUGUAGGAAAACCCCUCGGCUCGACUUUUAUUGGCGUUGCUAUCUUAAUUCUAAUCAUCGGAUUCCACCGUUACUUUGAGAGCCAGUACUGGAUUGUCCGUGGAAAGUUCCCUGCCAGCAGGGGCAGUGUGGCACUUACGGCUUUCGUGGCAAUUGCAUUGAUUAUUGCGGCAUUUGCGGUGAUAUUGGCUGUGUCGCCGAAUGCAUAUGAGUCUUAA